CUGCAGGACCGCCCUCCACUGGGACUCUCUUAUGAGGAAAGUCGCGGGUUUUUGUUAUCCAGUUUUUCCCAGAUAAUCCUUGGACUCUCUGCGUGGCCUCUCAUCGGGAUUAACAGCGCAAAUAGAAAAAAAACAGGCAUGGAGUGGCGGCGCUAUUAAAAGUUGAAUAGAGAGAGAAGAGGUGCCAAUCUUAGUGGUUUCUCCAGAUUUACCGCGACCCGAGCGAGCGCCCCUUACCCGCCUCGGAAGCAUGGGCUGCGGCUUGAGGAAACUGGAAGACCCGGAGGACAGUAGCCCGGGGAAGAUUUACUCCACUUUGAAAAGACCACAAGUGGAGACCAAAACGGACACUGUGUACGAGUAUGUGUUGCUGGAUUUUAGUCUAGAAGGUAGUCGUCCCACAGUGCAGUAUGUGGCCUCCUUGUCCGAGCUGCCCCAGGCUCUGCAGCCAUACUACACACAAGGCUACAUCCUGACAGCUCUGCACCCCAUCAUCCUGUCUGUGGGGCGAACACGCUCACUGCCUUUUAGCCUGCUGUACCGUGCUAUUCUGGCCCGUCCCAGACCAAGUAAACAGACAGCAGCUAUGUGCCACAGUGUUCCAGUGCUGAGGGUGGAGGAGUGGCCUUUACCUGGAGACUCACUGACUGGAGACACAGUCCGAGCUCUCAUUGACAGGGUGAACAGCAGUGCUCGUGGGGGCGUUCGAUUCGUUGGCUCGGUCCUACAGCAGGUGAGUGGGGUCAGUAAUGGUCGGGUACACAGUCCAAAAAGAGGCUGCCGCUCCCCUCCUCGCACCCCUCCUCGCACUCCACCUGGAGAAAGAGAACUGGAAGAACAUACCUAUAGUCCAGACUUGCGGUUGCUGGUCUUCUUCCACUCCUGGGCCCCUGGCUGUGCUCCGCUGGACUCCCUCGGGUGUCAGUAUCAUCAGGGAGCUCUGUCAAUGCGGGUCUCUAGAAAGGGUCAGGUGGUCAGCGCCCUGGAAGCUGAUUGGCUGGAACUGACAGCAGCCUACUACCGCAAAGGCUGGUCAUUGGUGGACUCUUUUGUCUACUGGGACACGCCUAAAGGAGAGCCUGUGCCCAGAUCUCUGGAGGGGCUGUUUGUGUAUGAAGAGCGAAGCACAGCGCCCCCUGCCAACGACACUAUAGUGGUGGAGCAAUGGACAGUUAUAGAGGGUUCAAACGUAAAGACUGAUUAUGGUCCACUCCUCCACACACUGGCUGAGUUUGGCUGGCUUCUUACAUGUGUGCUGCCCACACCCAUCAUCAGACAUGACAGUGAUGGGAACCUGGCCACCAAGCAGGUUGUGUUUCUACAAAGACCAGUGAGAGGUCAACCUGCACCACAACAGAGGAACAAGUCCCUGUCUGUACACAGUGAAGUCUCCAGCCGCUCAGUAAGCAGGUCUGUAAGCAGCCCGGUCUCCCCACAGGAGCUGUCUCCUAUAGCAGGAGGUAUCGGGGGCUUCCCAGUGUUUGGUGGAGGCUAUCCCAGCUCCCUGUCCCACCUGGAGGAGGGCGGCUUUGAACCCGACGAGGGCAAGGCCGAGGUCACCUGUAUGUGAGCUGUGCUGCAGACAACACUUCCGUCCAGACAUUUACAUGAGGAGUUAUUUUUUUGGGGACUACAGAUUAACCAAGGAAAAGGAUGUGGACACAGCGGAAGAGGCCUCUCUUCCUGAUUGGACAGUGCUAUCAAUAGACUGUUUAGUUUCCAUCAAGUUCAUUACCUUUUGAUUCAAGCACUUUUAUUUCAUAAAGCCAUAAUAAGGAUGAUUGCCUAAAAGAACUGAAAAAGGCUCCUGUUCAUGUGCUGACAAUAACAGUAUUAUGUUUUGGACUGUUACAAAGAUGCAUUAAAACACUGGUGAUUGACAGUGGUGCAACUAUCAUAAAUAAGGUUAAUGGUUUAAAGGUUUCUUUGUGACAGAUUUUAAUAGUUCCUUCACAAUUUUGGUACGGUUAGUAUUUAGACAAUAAGCACAUCUGGAUGACCCAUAACAUUUUACUGCUUUUAUUUUAUUGAAUGGUUAGAACUGUUUUUUUCAAGUAUCAAAACUUUCAUUUGAUUGUAUAGCAAAUGGUACUAACUUAGUGUUACUCAUCACAUACAUUUUGUUAAAGAAACAGUUGAUAUUGAAGCUUGUUGUACAUAUUGUAAAAUAGACUAUUCUAUCACUGGGAGUUUCAGUUCUCACAAUUAUUGAGAUUUAGAACUAUUAUUUAAGGUGUCAGCACUAGUGUUUUCACAUAUUAAGUUAGUGUUUCUAAUAUUAAUGUUUACAUUGUACAGUGUUUGUGAUGCUCCAUGGGAAGGCUGUA